UUACCAAACAUAACCCCUCUCGCAAAUGUCUCAAGCAUUUAUUUGCUUUUUUUGUAGAAUUGAGGAACAUUAAUAAAAUGUAACAAUAAACACUUAAUAAUGGGUUAAAACAUAAAUCUUAUCUUCAAAUUACGAGCAAAUUAUCAUUAAUUUUAUUUAUAUAACCUAAAAGCGAAAAUCAUGAAUGAUCUUAGAGACACUGGUUUCAAAAGCUAUAUACUCGAUGAGGGCAGUCUUGAGUCUAUAUCCUUAAAUGAUUCACAUAAAACCAAACUUCUCGAUGGUGAACAUCUCAUAACAGAAGCGCCAAGGGUUAUGAUGUUCAGUUCUCUUAGCGAUCGUAAAAAAGGCACGUUAGGAAUUUUAACCGUUACCACAUUUAAACUAUCGUUUGUAAGCGCCAAUGAGAAAGAGAACGAAAUCAUUGAGGAAUUUUGUCAAAACAAUUUAUUAUUAGGUCCGCACGAAGUUUGCUUAACUUCGAUAGAUACGAUUUACCAGUUAGGUGAACGAACGAAGAAGAGGCUUGUUCCUGGACAAAAUGUUUCAGGCAAGGUUAAGGAAAUACUCGUUAUAUGUAAAAAUAUGAGGGCCUUCGAGUUUAGUUUUAAAUUUUCUGAUAAAGAUAGUGGUAAAAGUAUUUUGAAUGCCUUAUUGCAUCACAGUUGUCCGAAGAAACAUCCACUUUUGUUUGCAUAUGAGUACAAAGAACCUUACUAUCGUACUUUGAAAGACGUUAGAAUGUUUCGUAACAAAGAAGAUUGGAAGAGAGAGCUGCAACGAACAGGAUGUAAGAAUUGGAGAACAUCUGAUAUUAACUUAAACUUCCAUAUGUCCCCUUUGCUUCCUCAAACAAUUGUUGUACCUGUUUCUGUUACCGAUAGUGCUCUUAAUCAAGCUGUUGAACAUUUUAGGAACAGAUGUUGCCCAGUGUGGGUAUGGGGAACGUCGGAUGGAGUUGCUUUAGUUAGAAUGUCCGAUAUCUUACCUACAAUAACUGAUAGAACUCAGGAAAAUAUAAUGCUAGAGCAUGUUCGUAAAAGUCAUAGCGAAAAAAGACAGCCUUACAUAAUGGAUCUUAGCAGAGAAUGUCCAUCGCCUAAGGAAAUUCAAACUAGUUAUCUUAAAUUGCGAGAACUAUGUAUACCUGACAACAUUCGUACCUUUAAAAUGCAAGAUUUUAAGUUUUAUGGUUUAUUGGAUAAUACAAAGUGGUUACUAUAUGGUUCGAUUUGUUUAACGAAAGCAUUAGAAGGAGCACAACAGUUAUGUCGGCCCAACCCAGUUACAGUUGUGUUACAAGAAAACAAUGGGCAAGACAUGAACUGCAUAAUAUCCUGCUUGAUCCAAAUUUAUUUGGAUCCUUAUUGGAGGACUGUCAGUGGCUUCCAGACAUUAAUCCAGAAAGAAUGGGUAGCUUUAGGUCAUCCAUUUACCUCGAGACACUGCCUUGUCGCAUAUCACGAAGCGGAACCUGCACCCCUCUUCUUAUUGUUUUUAGACUGCGUAUGGCAGCUAAUCCAACAAUUUCCAACAGCAUUUCAAUUUACUGAAACUUAUUUAACAACACUGUGGGAUUCGGCUCACAUAUCGAUAUUUGACACCUUUCUAUUUAACUCAGAACAUGAUCGAUAUUUGGCCCAAACUGGUCAGACACCCCUUGUUUUGCGUAGUGUGUGGGACUGGAAAGAACAAUUUAUGGAAAAAGAUAUUGCUCUAUUUUGUAAUCCUUUGUAUAACGACGCUUACACUCAACCAAUAAAACCACACACAGCAGUUGCUUUUCUCGACAUCUGGAACCAGUGUUACUCCCGAUGGUUGCCCGAUUUAGAAAUACGAAAUGGUGGAAAACCUCCCAUGGAUUUGUGCAUUCGAUUGAUAUCUUCCGAUAUUCACUUGUUAAGGCAAAAAUUACUUAGUGGAGAUGUAAAUGGUACAACUGUGAAUGGUAGUCAAGAAGAAAAUUUGUCUCUACUCAAGAAAGUAAAUAGUUUCUUUCCCUUUAGCCGUAACCACGGACAGAUCGCUGGACUUUUACCAAUUAAUAACCCGCUAUUAUCUGGCGACACAUUAGAUACACAAUCUAUUCUCAAUCACGCAGCUGCUAAUGAUUAACAAA